AUGGCAAAACAGAAGAUGAUAGACUCUCACAUCCAUCUGUGGCCUCCGGAGACAUCUAAUGAGAGCGGCCAUGCAUGGAUGACGCCCGGAAACCCUCUGGCAAAACCUCAUCUACUCGAACACUACCUGAAAGCAUCACGGCAGAACGAGGAUCCCUCUUCCGACGUCGAGGUCGAGGGUGUGAUAUACGUAGAAACGGACGUCCGGAAUGAUCAUUCCCGCUGGGGUGACGGCGUAGAGAUGUGGGCGAAAGCACCGUUGGACGAGAUCAGCUUUUUACGAACCAUCGUUGAUGGCGAUUAUGGCGAGCGUGCAAGUGACAUGCUCCUCGGAAUUGUACCCUGGGCGCCUAUGGAUAAGGACCCCUCCGUACUUCGAGAGUACUUGAGGCUCGCAGAAGAGCGAGCAGGUCCAAAAUGCUGGAGCAGAGUCAAAGGGUUUCGGUUCCUGUUGCAGUUCAUUUCCGACGCGAGGGUCUUCCAGAAUACAGUAUCCGGCCCCGACUUCCAAAUCAACCUCAAAGAGCUCGGCAGGAGAGGCUUCGCGUUCGACGUCGGCGUCGAUCAGCGCUCCGGCGGCGUGCAUCAGCUGGAAUCCAUGGCGAUAGCGAUGGAUGAAGCGCACAGAUACGUCCCCGAGAACGAGAAGGUGACGUUUAUUAUCAAUCACCUUUGCAAGCCGGCCUUUGGCGAGCGACAGUUAAUCUUCGAGGAGUGGCGCAUCAUGGUGUCCAUGAUGUCGAAGCUAUCGAAGACAUAUAUGAAAUUCUCUGGCGCUUUCUCAGAGAUACCCAAGAGCUUUGGCAAGGACGCCGACGGAAUUGCCAAAGCUAUCAAGCCUUGGUUCAUGCACCUGAAGCUCUGCUUUGGAACUCAGAGGAUCAUGUUCGGCAGCGACUGGCCUGUAUGCAAUGUCCAUGGUCCGCGUGGUGAAGACUCGUGGGUGGCUUGGAAAGACGUUGUGGCCGCGCUCGCAGCAGACGAGCAGUGCGGGCUCAGCUCCGAAGAUGUGGAGCGGCUGUGGCAUGGAGUUGCGCGAGAAGCUUACGGGAUAUCAAAACCGUGA